CGUUGGUUGGUUAGUAGAUUGGGCGGCGGCGUAGGAGGAAGAGGGGAGCCGGCUUCGGCCUGAACAGCAGGAAGCGCAGUGAGGGGCUUCGCUGAGGAAGCAGAGGAGACCGACAGACGGAGAGGGAGAUGGGCGAGGCCUGCGUCCAACGGGGCGGAUUGUGACCGUCUUUUAUAGAGCUAUAUAUCCUGCUUGGAAUCACUGGAUAAUAAUGAGUGGUGCGGCUUUAGGCAUUGAAAUAGUAGUUGUCUUCUUUCUGGCAUUAAUCAUAUUACACCGAUAUGGAGACUUCAAAAAACAGCACAAACUUGUAAUUGUUGCAACACUACUAGCUUGGCACCUUUGUUUUCUUAUGGUCUUCAUAUUGCCUUUAGAUGUCACUACGACUAUAUACAAUAGAUGUAAACUUGAUAUAAAUGGAUCCUAUACACCUCCCACGAACAGUGGAUCCCCACAGCACCAGGGCAGUAUUUCACCUCCAAGAAAGCAGGAAUGUUUCAAACCAUGGAGUUAUAUUCCAGAUGGAAUUAUGCCCAUCUUUUGGCGUGUGGUGUACUGGACAUCACAGUUCUUAACAUGGAUCCUGUUGCCUUUCAUGCAAUCAUAUGCCAGGUCAGGAGGUUUUUCUAUUACUGGAAAGAUUAAAACAGCGCUAAUUGAGAAUGCUAUUUAUUAUGGCACAUACCUCCUGAUUUUUGGAGCAUUCUUAAUAUAUGUGGCUAUAAAUCCAAAGAUCAACCUACAGUGGAAUCAACUUCAGACAAUUGGAAUAGCUGCUGCGAAUACCUGGGGCCUCUUUCUUCUAGUAUUGCUUUUAGGCUAUGGCCUGGUUGAAAUUCCACGUUCUUAUUGGAAUGGAGCAAAGAAGGGUUUUCUCCUCAUGAAGACUUAUUUCAAGGUUGCUAAACUGAUGACUGAGAAAGCAGAUGCAGAAGAAAACCUGGAGGAUAUUAUGGAGGAGGUUCGCAAAGUGAAUGAAAGCAUCAAAUACAAUCACCCUUUGAGGAAAUGUGUGGAUACAAUAUUAAAGAAGUGUCCCACUGAGUAUCAGGAAAGAAUGGGUAGAAACAUGGAUGACUAUGAAGAUUUUGAAGAAAGACCCAACACUUAUCCAACAGAGAAAACCCUGGUCAAACUUCAUAAGCAGGUAAUUUAUUCGGUUCAAAGGCAUCGCCGCACACAGGUCCAGUGGCAAAUUCUCUUAGAACAAGCCUUUUACCUGGAGGAUGUGGCAAAAAACGAAACCAGUGCGUCUCGUCAGUUUGUUCAUACUUUUCAGCCUCAAGAACCUGAAAGCAAAAUCACACAGUAUUUCUACACGCCAGCAAUUGAAUGGUAUUGGGAGUGUCUUCUGCGACCAUGGUUUCACAGGAUUCUUGCCAUUAUUUUAGCCACUUUUUCUAUCAUUGUUGUCUGGUCGGAAUGCACAUUCUUCAGCACCAGGCCGGUUCUCUCCCUGUUUGCUGUCUUCAUACAACUCGCAGAAAAGAAUUACAACUAUUUCUAUAUAGAGAUGGCUUGCUUCUUUACUAUCUUUUUCCUCAGUAUCUGUGUUUACUCUACUGUCUUCAGGAUCCGUGUAUUCAACUAUUAUUAUUUAGCUUCCCACCAUCAGACGGAUGCAUAUAGUUUGCUUUUCAGUGGCAUGCUGUUUUGCCGUUUGACUCCCCCAUUAUGUCUGAAUUUCCUGGGCCUCACUCAUAUGGAUUCAUCGAUUUCUAAACGAACGACUGAUCAGCCAACUGCAUAUACAUCCAUUAUGGGAUCCAUGAAAGUAUUAUCCUUCAUUGCAGAUGGCUUUUACAUCUAUUAUCCCAUGCUGGUUGUCAUCCUCUGUAUUGCUACUUACUUCAGUUUAGGAACCCGGUGUUUGAAUCUUCUAGGAUUCCAGCAGUUUAUGGGGGACAGUGAGAUGACAUCAGACUUAAUAGAUGAAGGAAAAGAGUUAAUCCGCAGAGAAAAAAGAAAACGGCAAAGACAGGAAGAUGGAGAAAACAGAAGAAGGGAGUGGAAAGAACGGUAUGGAAACAACCGUGAAGAUUCUGCUAGAAACAGAAAUGUUCAAGCAGAGCAAAAGGAGUCCAGUUUCACAGAGACAAAUACAAAUAGAUCAGUAUCCUCUAAAUACACCAGGGCAAAUGGGAGGAACGAAAGGGACAGAGUAGAGCUACUCCAAGAUGCAGAACCUAUGGAUUUUAAUGCUGACUCAGUUAAUGACGAUCCUCUUGAUUCUGAAUCAGGAAGGUAUCAACCUGGUGGAAGAUACCUGUCAAUGUCACGAAGCAGAAUAUUCGAUGACGUCUAAAUCCUCUGAAUUCUUGAGUCGUCUCUCCAUAGCUUUGGGGGAAUGCUCUUUCAGUAAUGUAUUCUGCAACCAAAACAACCUCGCUUUACAAAAAUCAAAUGGAAUGUGGGAAAUUAGGAAUUUCCCCCCCUUUAAGAUGCACUUUGUAUAAUGCAGUGCUCAUUUUGUGAUGGGCAAAAGAGCAUUGAUUUCUGAAACUGGGCCGCCUCAGCAGUGCCUUCCCCAUCUUUCCCCUUGCUCCUUCAAAACCCAUGUCGCCACUGUUACCACAAUGUGGGAAUUAUGAGCUGUAGGUGGACAGGAGCGUGGCAGGAGAGAAAGUGUGACACUAAAUAAAGUGUGGAAGAAGAGAGUUAGGAGUGGAGGGGGAAAUUGGAAGACAGACACUGACCAUUGUGGCAAGGAGUCCUGCCUUUCACUGUUGAUUAUAUAUGCUGGCAUCACCUCUUUUGAACUCGAGACUUUUGUGUUAAAAUUUUAGAAGCCUCUUUGGUAGAGUUUAGUUGUAGUUUGAGAACCAUUGAUUUGUAAAAGCAUAUGAUUUUGUCUUACAGAUGGAUCAGGGAAACAAUUUCAGCUUGUUAAAGGUUAUUGUAAGUUGGGUUUUUAAAUAAAUACAUGUUAGGGCUCAAACAGAGUUGUCAUUUGUACAAUAUGGAGAAUACUUAGGUUUUCUGGUCGGGUUGCAAGUGAGCUUUUAACUCAGGCAUGAGCAAAGUUUGGCCCUCCAGGUGUUUUGGACUUCAACUCCCACAAUUCCUAACAGCCUACAAGCUGUUGGGAAUUGUGGGAGUUGAAGUCAAAACUUCUGGGGGGGGGGGGCAGACUUUGUCCAUGCAUGCUUUAACUCAAGUUCUUAGUUGGAGAGGUUUUAAGCAUAAAUCUGUACAAAAUAACAUUUUGGAAUGCCUAUUCAUCUAUUGACAAGAACCGAAAAUAACUUCUGUCAGCAUUAUAUGCGUAUGAAAUAGCAUUUGCUGUGCAUGAUAGCGAAGACCCAGUAGAAUCUUAAGUGUUUACCAGUACUGUUUUAAAAUCCACAUCUACUAGCAUGUGCUUAAUGAAGAGAGAAAACCAAUCACAGAGAUUUCAUUUAAGACUUGGAAAUCGCUACUGAAAAAAUGUUCUUUUAGCUAAACUAAUUUCAAUUUUAUGGCUCUGGAUGUUUUAGGUUUUAAUCUUCACUACAAACAAACUGACUACUUCACCAUAGUAAUGUUCAUUUUAUAUAGGUCUUACAACACUAAACUGGACUUUUCUUUUGAAGAAAUCAAUGUGAAUAGCAUGCUUAUUGCUAAACAACAGAAGUCACAUUCAGGUUGUCUUGCCUUACAUAAGGAAUCUCAGUUUUAAGAUAUACUUCUUGUGGUAAAUAUCUUUUUUUUCAUUGUAAAAGAAUAAGUAGUUGCUCUUUCUAACUAAGGCUCUUCAAUAAAAGGCCAAAUUGUGAGCCAUGUUGGCCAAAAAUAGUCAAUAUAAUUGUCUUCAUGACUGUCAGGUGGAAAAACAUUCAUGAUAAAUGGCGGCAGUGCUUUCAAGGAAAAUGUGUGUCCAUGAUUUAGUCAGCAUUGUAUGAAAUUACAGCUAAUUAUUAGAGUAACCACCAUAAGACAAACAUACAAGUGCCUCAGAUGGCAAAGCUUUAACGCAUACAAGCUGUUGAUUCCAACAGAUUAAAGCAAACUUAACAUAGUGCAGGAUUGGUCUGAACUGAUAGUUACAAUUCUGUGACUGACUCAUUUGCAUUGUAACAUUUAGAUUAAGCUUCUUGGGAAAAGUUAAUGGUGCUGAUGUAAUUCAUUAUACCUUCAGUGAACUGACAUUUUAAGUAAUGUAUUUAUUGAAAGUUAAUAGCUGUUGAAGAUAUCUGAUACCAUGCGGUUGACACAAGACUUAAAAUGAAUGCUGACUCCCAAUGCAUGAACAUCUCUGGGCAUCAGCCGCUUCCUCUCGGCAAAAGAUAUCACCAAAAGAGACAUUUGUCUUGCGAAUGCUUGUGACUUUUAAUGACUGAGUUGGCCACACCUAACUAGAAUGUUUCCAGGAACUUAUGAAACAGUUAAUCAACAGAUUCAUUUUAAAUACUGUGCCCGUGUUUCAGUAAUAUUGAGGAAAGUAUUAACUUGCUGUAUCAAUUUGUAAAGGCAAGAUAAGUUAUUUAAAAUAUUUGAGCCAUUGAAAACUAUUGAAUUGAUGUGUUUUUCUAAUACCUUGAGGGAUAUUUGAUUACUUUUUGUAACAAUAUUUUCUUUAUGGCUGAGGGGAAUUUUGUUAUAAACGUAUACUGAGAACCAUAAGAACUCGCUGGUAGAAGCCAUUGAUUCUCAGAUCACUUGCUAUGGAAGAAAUGUGGAAAGUUCGUUGUUGGCAGGGACUGCCAUACACGUCUAGGUAAAUCUGGAAAUUGGGGCAUUUGAGGUCAGCCUUGGGGUGACUUCUGUAUGAUUCAAGAUGUUCUGGCUUAAAAAAACAAUACACUGUGCCUCACUGGAUUUGCCUUAGGGAGAGAGAAGUGUAAACUAUUACCAUACUUGGCAAUUCUGUGAUGCCAGACGGCUUUGACAUAAGCAUGGAUAGAAAUAUAAGUCUGCAUGUUACAAAUAUUGCUGAAAUGUUGGUGGACUUGCUUUUUACACACUUCAAGCCCAGACAUAAAUAUUGAGGAUAUAUAUAUAUAUAUUGCAGAGUAGCACAACAAGCCACUAAAGUGAAUAACACACAGGAUUUUAGGAUUUUAUUCUAGUAAUUGCCAGUUUCUAUAAUACUAGCAGUAUUUGGAUUCAACUGUGUUGAGGUUUGUGAAGUUCGAUGUGUUAGUGAUGCUGAUUAAGUUUUUUUUUUGUAAUUUGUAAGAAUUUUACAGUAAAGUAAAAUUGUGUGCAGUUUAUAUAAAAAGAUUUCUUGUAUUAACACAGCUCUUGAAAAUAUGACUUUCUUAGCCACUGUUAUCAUGCAAAAUCUGUAUUUGUCAUUGAUUUCUUUUUCUGAUAAUGCCUCACGGUAUACUUCUAGCUCUGAGAAAUCAUUGCUUUGUAAACAUCAGAAUUGUAUAUUGGAGUCAUGAACAAUGAGAUGUAUAUUUGCUGAUAGUGUAUAAUUGUUAUUUAUAUAAAACAAGGAAUAUAUUAAUUACUGUCUUCUAAAUUAAAAUAAAAGGUAAUAUUGUAUAUUAGUUGGAAUUAAAAUUAACUUUAUUAUAUCACA